AUGACUGAGCCCAUGCUACUCAGGCGGGGUGCUGUUCAUGCGACUACGUCUUGGACCAGACUCCCCCGCAACCGCCCCCGAAAUCCAGGUCUGGAACGGUUGACUCUCUCGCAAACUCGACAUGUUAGUAGUGGCCUGGACUCCAUAACGACAAGUCGGGAUGCAUCGACCAUUUCUCCUACAUCAAAGUCGCCGUCCCCUCGCUGGGAAGCGCUCAAAACCGCAAAACCCUUUUCCGCGUUCCUGACGGAUACCUUCGAUCGCCAGCAUGACUACCUCAGAAUCAGCGUCACCGAGCGCUGUAAUCUCCGUUGCUUAUACUGCAUGCCCGAAGAAGGAGUGCCGCUUUCUCCUCCGUCUCACCUCUUGACCUCGCCCGAAAUCGUCUACCUUUCCUCGCUGUUCGUUUCGCAAGGCGUGACCAAGAUUCGUCUGACUGGCGGAGAACCAACUGUCAGGAAAGAUAUCGUUCCUUUGAUGCAGUCGAUUGGAGAAUUGCGGCGCGAUGGACUUCGGGAACUGUGCUUGACUACGAACGGAAUCUCGCUUCAUCGCAAGCUCGAACCUAUGGUGGAGGCUGGACUGACUGGGGUGAACCUCAGUCUGGACACGCUUGACCCAUUCCAGUUUCAGAUCAUGACGAGGAGAAAGGGGUUUGAGGCGGUGAUGAAAAGCAUCGACCGCAUACUGGAGUUGAACAAGAUGGGAGCAGGGAUAAAGUUGAAGAUCAACUGCGUCGUUAUGCGAGGGCUGAACGAACGGGAGAUCAUCCCGUUUGUUGAAAUGGGACGCGACAACCCCAUCGAAGUCCGGUUCAUUGAAUACAUGCCGUUUGACGGCAAUAAGUGGAGCCAAGGCAAGAUGGUCUCGUACCAAGAGAUGCUGGCUCUUAUUCGGGAGAAGUACCCAACGCUCGAAAAGGUGACAGGGCACAAGAACGAUACCAGCAAGACGUAUCGGAUUCCUGGGUUUCAAGGACGGGUCGGCUUCAUCACCAGCAUGACGCACAAUUUCUGCGGGACAUGCAACCGUCUGCGCAUUACCUGUGAUGGCAAUCUCAAAGUAUGCCUCUUCGGAAACGCCGAAGUUUCUCUGCGCGACAUUAUACGGAAGCAAAACAACCAUGAACCCAUCGACCAGGCUGUGCUAGAGGAGCUAGGACUCCUCGAGGCGGCACGAGCCGCCGCUCAGCUCCACGACGAAGGUGGACUUGUCAGUCAACGAGAGAAGGAACUUCUCGACGUUAUUGGAAUGGCCGUGAAACGGAAGAAGGCCAAACACGCCGGCAUGGGAGCGCUGGAGAACAUGAAAAACCGGCCGAUGAUUCUUAUUGAUAAAACAAGGGAAUCCUCAAGAAAUACAAGGCACCUUUCCUGGCAGUCACAGUCACCACUGGUUACUAAGGGGCGCCCAUGGACAAACAUCCCAACUUACAUGCUCAGUACUGGAGCUUCAAGCAACCAAGUUCGCUUCUACCGCCGCGAACGUAGCAACACAUCUGAGCCCCAGCAACCCAGGAAGCCUACCAGCACCAAUGCAGAGCCAACCUCCCUCCCCACAGCCUCAGACCCAGACCUCCCCCACCUCAACCGCUCUCAAAACGUGCACAUGACUCUCAUCGACGAGAAACCGGUAACCAAGCGCCUCGCCACAUCAACAUGCAUGGUCUACUUUUCCAACCGGCGCCCCUGGGAAAUUCUCCGCGAAGGCCGCGGCACGCGCAAGGGUGACGUCUUUAGCAUUGCUCGCAUCGCCGGUAUAACAGCCGCGAAAAAGACGCCUGAUAUCGUACCGCUUUGUCAUCCGGGUCUUGGGCUUACGGGUGUAGAGGUGGACGUCAAGUUGGAAGACCCGACUCCGACAAUGGAGAGGGGAGAAGAGACCAAGGAGAAGUCCUCAGCGAGCCUGAAGCAUGGGGGAAUGCGAGUCACGGCCUCAGUCAGUUGCCUUGGAAGAACCGGGGUGGAGAUGGAGGCCAUGACUGCGACUAUGGGGGCUGCCUUGACGGUUUACGAUAUGCUGAAGGCGGUUGAUAAGGGCAUGGUUAUCGGGGAUCUGAAGCUUUUGGAGAAGAUUGGUGGGAAGAGUGGACAUUGGGUGAGAGAGGAUGUCGUCAGGGAUGAGUAA